CCAUACACAGACGCUCGCGCGCGCUCACGCACAGACAUUCUCGCUGAAUGCGACUGCGCCUUUAAGACCCGUAAAACUAACAGCCACUACCAGCCUCGGUGUCAAUGUGCGAGCGAUGAAUUUACUCGAUAUGGUUUUGUUUAAACUCUUGCUGUUGUUGUACUGUUUAAGCGACACCAAAGGUCAAAAUGGGAGAACCCUGAGUAAUUACAUUAAGCAUUACGAAGGCCUGUCCUACAAUACAAACAUCUUGCACAGCAAGCACCAGAGGGCUAAGAGAGCUGUGUCCCAUGAUGACCAGUUUGUUCACCUGGACUUCCACUCACACGGCAGGCAUUUUAACCUUCGGAUGAAGAGGGAUACCUCUUUAUUCUCACCUGAUCUCAAGGUGGAAGUUUCAGGAGAAGAGAUCCCCUACGACACUUCUCACAUUUACACCGGAGAAAUUUAUGGUGAGAAGGGCACUCUUACCCAUGGCUCUAUUGUGGAUGGGAAGUUCGAAGGUUUUAUUAAGAGCCAUCAUGGCACAUACUACAUCGAGCCCUCAGAGAGAUACCUCAAAGACCAGAGUGUGCCCUUCCACUCAGUCAUCUACCAUGAAGAUGACAUUGAUUAUCCUCAUAAGUACGGAGCAGAGGGUGGCUGUGCUGACCACUCUGUGUUUGAGAGGAUGAAGAAGUACCAGGCGUCUGCAGUGGAGGAGCCCAACCAGCAGCAGACGAAGCACGACGCUGACGAGGAGAGAGUCGACGGGCCGGUGAUCCUGAGGAGACGUCGUGCAGCACAGGCAGAGAAAAACACCUGUCAGCUUUUCAUCCAGACAGAUCACCUCUUCUACAAAUACUACAGCAGCCGGGAGGCGGUGAUCGCACAGAUUUCCAGUCACGUGAAGGCCAUCGACUCCAUCUAUCAAAGCACAGACUUUCAAGGCAUCCGCAACAUCAGCUUCAUGGUGAAAAGAAUCAGGAUCAACACAACCGAGGACACAAAAGACCCCUCAAACCCUUUCCGGUUUGCCAACAUCGGUGUGGAGAAAUUUCUAGAGCUCAACUCUGAGCAGAAUCACAACGAUUACUGCCUAGCCUACGUGUUCACAGACCGAGACUUUGAUGACGGAGUGUUGGGCCUGGCCUGGGUCGGGGCUCCUUCAGGAAGCUCUGGUGGGAUAUGUGAGAAGAACAAGGAAUACUCUGACAAGAAGCAAAAGUCUCUGAACACUGGCAUCAUCACAGUUCAGAACUACGCUUCACACGUUCCUCCUAAAGUCUCUCACAUCACCUUCGCUCACGAGGUCGGACACAAUUUUGGCUCUCCGCAUGACUCAGGAAUUGAAUGCACUCCAGGUGAGUCUAAGACUCAGGAUCUGAAAGAGAGAGGCAACUACAUCAUGUAUGCCAGAGCCACAUCGGGAGACAAGCACAACAAUAAUAAGUUCUCCAUCUGUAGCAUUCGUAACAUCAGCCAGGUGCUGGAAAGAAAGAGAUCCAUCUGCUUUGUCGAAUCUGGUCAUCCCAUCUGCGGUAAUGGUUUGGUUGAGGCUAAUGAGCAGUGUGACUGUGGAUACAGCGACCAGUGCAAAAACGAGUGCUGCUAUAGUGCCAAUGAGCAAGAUGGGGUGAAGUGUACACUGAAACCUACCGCUCGCUGCUGUCCAAGUCAGGGUCCAUGCUGCACAUCUCAAUGUGCCUUUUCCAGUAAGGAUACGAAGUGCAGGGAGGAUUCGGAGUGUGCUCUCAAGGGCAUGUGCAAUGGAAACACUGCCCAAUGCCCCACCUCAACACCCAAAGAAAACUUCACAGCCUGCCACGGAAAUACCCAAGUCUGCCUUAGUGGGAGUUGCUCUGGCUCUAUCUGUCAGAAGUACGGUCUGGAUGUUUGCACGUGUGCCAGCGAGGAAGGGAAAGACGACACAGAACUGUGUCACGUGUGCUGUAUGGAGAAGGGUCAACCCAAUACGUGCAGCAGCACUGGUUCAGAAAUAUGGGCCAAGUACUUUAAUGGAAGGAGCACUACGUUGCAGCCCGGCUCUCCUUGUAAUGAUUUCAAAGGUUACUGUGAUGUGUUCAUGAAGUGCAGGCUGGUGGAUGCUGACGGUCCUCUGGCCAGACUUAAGAAGGCCAUCUUUGACCCUGAGCUUUAUACAAGCAUCGCCCAGUGGAUAGUGAAGCACUGGUGGGCUGUGCUGUUAAUGGGCAUUGCUCUCAUCAUGCUGAUGGCUGGAUUCAUCAAGAUCUGCAGUGUGCACACACCUAGUAGCAACCCUAAACUGCCCCCACCCAAACCCCUUCCAGGCACACUGAAGAGAAGAAGAGCCCAGCACCCCACUGCACAGACCCAGCCACAGCGUCACCAGCGCCAGCAGAGAGAGAACUAUCAGAUGGGUCAGCUGCAACGCUGAGUCGGCCUCCUCAUUGCCUUGGUUCUUUCUAGUGCCUACAGUGGGAAACACUUCACUCCAAAGAGUUACCUGAAUCAAUCAAUGGGCUCCGUCUGCAAACUAAGAAACUGGCAAUGACACAAAAUACCACGUGGACUUCACAGGACUAUACUUAAAAAAAAAAAAAAAAAGUUUGUAUGAAACCACUGCUCUGGGAGCCAGCAAAGCUUUUGUUGCUUAACUCAAAGAAAUGUCAGAAGCUAGUGAUGAGCAAGAGGACAAGAUGUUAUGUUUUUUCACUUAUCAAUUGUUUUUCCUCAGCCUACUCCUCAGCUCUCCCCAUAUCGGAAUUAGUUUGUUCUUACUCCCUUUUUGGAAUUGGCACCCUCCUGUGGAGAUGAGCGUGAUGUCACAUGAGUGUUUUGCCAAUCAAGGCUAGACUGAAAGAAAUCUUUGCAGAGACUCGUAUAGCAAUGUAGAGAUGUUUUAAAAAAGGUUAAGAAGCGUUUUUCAUUCAAUCAUACUUAUUGUCUCUUUGGGUGCAGUUGUACAGAUAUCACAGUAUACAGUUGGGGUUUCUCAGACAUGAUGCUGUUGGAUAAUGAUUAUUAGAAUGUUAUGACUGACACUCAGGAUUCUGUUGGUGAAACACCUUUUACUAGAUGCGCUUUGGUCAAAAAGAUUUAUUUGGUUUGCAUGCCUAUUUUUCCCCCAGUUUCUUUUGAUUGGUUGCUUUAAUAUCAUUUCAUAACAAACACGAGCUAAAGAGCUGCAUUUUUGCAUUUAUGUAUUGUACUGGAAACAGACUCGAGAGAAGUUAAGCACAACAUCACAGAAGGGUUUUGUUUUAAUACAUACAAUAUGUACAAUUUUGCAAUAGGAUGUAGGUAACAGAACAGUGUUUACAUCAUGGAAAUGGUGGCCGAUACACACACCAAUCAAUAUUUAUUCAAAGGAAUUUUCUUACAAUUUUCAGUCAUUAUCUCUAUUAUAGCUGACAAUAAGACAAUGUCCAUCUUGCCUGUAUAGUGUCAGCCAGCCAUGUAAAUGAAUAUUCUGUUUCUGGUUUUGCAUACAGAAUCGUAAUCAUUUUUUAACACAGAAACACUACUGGCUGUUUAGUCCAGGUUGAAUAUCUGUCAUUUGUUACUGUUCCAGCCCUGGUACAUGUGAGUGUUGAUUGGUCUUUCUGUAGGUCUGAGAGGAAACCGUUUUAAUUUUUUUAUCUCUAAAUGUGCUUUUAGAGUUUUGUCUUCUCUGUGUGUCUCUUACACAGUUAGAGAGUUGAACCGUAUGUGCUUCACAGAGCAGUUGUCAUUCAAUUUUGUACCUCAACAGACAAAAACAUCCUUAUUCUUUUAAGUAUUAUGUUAUUCUGUAACAUGUUCAAAAGUCUGUCCUCUCAAACAAAUCAUUUGACCUGCAUUUAACAGGUCCUACCAAAUACAUUGAUAAUCUGCUUUUGUUUUCUUUAGAAAAAAGAAUCGCUUUUCUCUGUCUCUCUUUAAAUGUUGAUGGGAGAGGGAGUUUUAAGGAGCUUGAACUGCAGUUGGCUUCAAGAGUGAUGCAUAAUUUCUGUUAUUCUGUGGUAGGGGGUUUGGGUGGAUUUGGCCUAGGAAUUUGAAUGAUUUUGAAAUGAUUUACAUUGUUUUGCUUGUCUCGCUUUAAGUUUAUAAGUACAGUGCACUGAUACACAUGCAUGGUGUGCGGAUACAGAAUAUGAUACAUAAGAUGGAUAAAAUGUCUAAUACUACUGUUUAAUUUUAAUGUCCGCUGUGUUUUAUACAGUAAUGUAUAUUUUCUUUCUUUAUCUUGCUUUGCUUUAUUUUUGUUUUUUUCCUCUCUUCUAUUUGGGCUGACUUUUGAAACUUUUUAAUAAAUACUUUAAUAAAUACUUUGCAAAGAAGUAUUGAGCAACAUGUAAUUUUUGAAGUACUUGAAAUGCAUUAAUAAAAUAGCCUUGAUCAAAAGCUCCUCUUAUUACUUGUUCAA